AUGGAUCCUACGAUCUCUUCUGCACCUCCCGAAGAUGAAUUUGAGGUCUUUGCAGAUCUCUACGCAAAGCCCGGUCGUGGCGACGACCUCGAAUGCGCUCUGCGUCGAGUCAUUCGCAGGGUGGAGAGUGAACCUGGGACAUUGAUCUACGCUAUUGCUCGUGAUGGAGAGAAUCCCAACCGAUUCAGAGUUUUUGAGCGUUAUACAGGUCGUGAAGCCUUUGAGAAGCAUUUCAUGUCGCCGGAAGUUAAAGCACUUAUCGAUGCAGACGCAAUGGAAGACCCCGGAAGCCCGAAAUUCUUCAAAGUCCUAAAAGGAUUGUAG